AGUAUCAAAGGAUUCACAGUUGACCAGAUUAACGCUGGCAGGAAGAACGGUUCUUUGUUUGCAAAGGUGAGUAAGAAGUCUAAGGAAUCAGUCCCUUCUUGGGCUAAGCUUGACUCGGAUGAGCCACCCCCUUGGGCUCGUGAUGAAGGCAAGUUAAAUGAACUUAAGGAGGGAUUUGAGGUCCCUAUCUUUGUUUAUUUUCUUGCCUCGGCUAUUACUGCUAUAGCUGCUAUUGGUUCAAUAUUUGAAUAUGUCAAUCAAAAGCCCGUUUUUGGACUUUUGAACACGGAUAGCGUUUUCUAUGCUCCUUUGCUGGGAUUUUUCGCAAUAACUGGAAUUCCAACUUCGGUAUGCUCUCCUAGUUUUUGGUUAUUUAGGUUUUUUUUCCCUGUUUAAGCUGAGUUUUAAUACUGUUUGAUGUUCUGUGAACUACGGCAGAGGAAAUCCCGAAUGCAAGGAUCCAAGAUUUGUAUGGAUUACAUUGACAAUUUUCUCUGUGAAGUUACACCCCUAUUUAUAGGCAAAUGAUUGACUGAAUUAGUAAAUUAUGAUAUUAAGGUAAAACAAAAUUCUGACCAAGAGAAUUUUUACUUGGUGUAGCCAAAAUUAAUCACAUGCAAAUUAAUCCACCUGGUUGCUUCCCUUAAAUUUCCAAGCUAAAUUUAUGAAAAUCAAAAUGCUUAAUUUUUGGUCACUAAUUGGUCACUUUAUGGUACCCGAAUGAACCUGUAUUUUAGGUAUCUGGCAUUGUUGAAAAUACAUGACACCACUCGAAUGUUCCCACUUCAGAAAUCAGAUGCUCUUGCAGUCUUCAGUCUUCACAGCCAAUUACUUUAGAAUAGGGUCAAUGGGUGAUCAAGAAGGCCAUGGUGUAAAGAGGUCACCAUUGCGUUCUACUGCUUGACUUGUUAAGUUCUACUGGUCCACCCUUCACCUUUUAUAUGAUUUACUGUGUCCCUUGUUGGCAUAAUGAUCAUGGCCUUUUUGGGCACUUCGUUCGUGUAAACUCUAAAAGCUUGUCAAAGUUCUAGCAAUAGGAAGCUUAGCAACAUUCUCGGUAUUAGUACUGCUAGUGUUUUUAGGUGCUUAAAAAGCUUAAGAUUCUCUAUAGCCUAAAGGGUUUUUAGGUGUUUAAAGUGAUAUAUUCACAAUGCUUUCUUGAAAAUCUCUUCUUUACGUCUGUUUCUAUUUUCUCUUGUGGUACUUGUAGUUGUAGUUCUUGUGGAUGCCUCCUGAACAUGUUCUAUUGGAUGAGAAUGUUAAGGCUAACAAGUAUGCAUACUACUGCAUUGAUGCUUUUAAGGUAAGCUUGCUUCUUCUUACUCCUAACCACUAUUAGUUUUGGUUUCUGACCUCAUUCCUAUUUCUCCAGGUAAGUCCUAACAAUAAGUUCUGGAUUUGGCGUGUGUUCUGGAGUCUGUUCAGCUUUGAUUCAUGCCCUGAGUCUCUUUUCUAUCUGCUGGUUUGAGUUGCUGUUUCUCUAGCUCUUGUUUUGUCUAUUGUGUGCUGCUGCAGGCUGUGUUCUACUGUGAUGCUGAGCUAGUCAGUGUGCUCGGGUUGUUUGACUGUUCCUGUGCCUGCUUAGAGCUCUGUUUUUUCUAUCCCUACUGGUUUGCUAUGGUCUGUCUAUCUGCUGGCCUGUUGUGUAGCUGUUCUGCGUUCCUGAGCUUAUAUACACUCACAAAACUUAGCUUUUGAUAUCACUUGAUAUGAAUGUAUCAAUGAUUGUAAUGAUGAAAAGUUGCAUAAUAGACAUUCGACUAUAUAUGUCUAAAAUCAUGUAAUCAAUUCCUAAGGUUUAAAAUCUAAUAACAUAAUAAACAAUACAUUAUAUAUGGCUCA